AUGAUUUGGAGUAUUAUGAUGUUAAUGGAUUUAUCCAAUGGUCAUUUACUGAUAAAAGAAGAAAAAAGUUUACGGAAAUUAGUGAAUUUGAUUCAUUCUACAACAACAAAUGAUUUCAAUCUAUGUACAAUUCAUUCACAUCAAUUACAAUAUUUAUUAUAUACUACUUAUAAUACUACUAAUACUACUACUACUACUCCUACUACUCAUGAUAAUGAUAUGACAUCAGCAGCAGCAGCAGUAGCGUAG